UCUAAUGCGUCCAUACACAGCAUCCACCGGCGCAACAUCUCACACUGCUUUCAUCAGACUUUUAGAUCGGGUCGAGCUCAUCUUGGACUUGACUCAUUCCGACUUUUCAGAGUGAAAAUGGCUUUAAGAGGGUCUUUAUUCCGCCUCCUCAGAACUCAACUCAGCCACACUUGCCAACAAAGCAGAGCACAGUCCGUGGCUGUUCUGGGUGCCCCAUUCUCAAGAGGACAGAAAAGAAGAGGUGUGGAACACGGGCCUAAAGUGAUCAGAGAUGCCGGACUCAUCGAGAGGCUCUCCGGUUUAGAUUACUCCAUCCAUGACUUUGGUGACCUCAAAUUCCACCAUAUUGAAAACGAUGAACCAUACAUGGAGGUCAAGUUCCCUCGCACUGUGGGUGCAGCAAAUAAGAAGCUGUCUGGAGCAGUGAGCAGAGCCAUCGGAGCUGGACAUACCCUCGUCAUGCUGGGAGGGGAUCACAGCCUGGGUAUUGGAUCAGUGGAAGGCCACGCCCAGCAGUGUCCUGACCUGUGUCUCAUCUGGGUUGACGCUCAUGCAGACAUAAAUACACCCAUGACUUCGCCUUCAGGAAACCUUCAUGGCCAGCCUGUUGCAUUCAUGCUCAAAGAGCUGCAAGACAAGAUGCCAGAUAUCCCAGGGUUCUCCUGGAUGAAACCGUUCCUCUCCUCAAGUGACCUGGUGUACAUCGGAUUAAGGGAUGUUGACCCCGGAGAGCAUCACAUCUUGAAGUCCCUCGGUAUCCAGUAUUUCACCAUGAGGGACAUCGACAGACUUGGCAUUCAGAGGGUCAUGGAAGUCACUCUUGACCAUCUUCUGGCAAGAAAACAGCGGCCGAUCCACUUGAGCUUUGACAUCGAUGCUUUCGACCCGUCUCUGGCUCCUGCCACAGGAACUCCAGUGAACGGGGGUCUGACCUACAGGGAGGGGAUCUACAUCACAGAGGAAAUCCAUAACACAGGUCUGCUGUCAGUCAUGGACCUGGUAGAAGUAAACCCCAUCCUGGGUGCAAACCCUGAAGCUGUGGAGGCCACCGCGUCUCUAGCAGUUGACGUCAUCGCAUCAUCUCUGGGACAGACGAGAGAAGGUGCUCACGGGGUCAUCGAUGAGAUCCCCUCUGUGAAAGACGACACAGAGCAGCUCCGCCUCUGAGAGCAUGAGGCCAAGCUAUGAACUUUAUCAGCAUCAUCUCUGAGCAUUCCACGAUUCAGAUUAAGAGACUGCAAUGUCUGAACUAACAAUAUCUGGAGUUUUGAAAUUUUUACUCUCAUCUCUUUGCUACAUUGUGUUAUGAAACCAAAAUUAUGUCUAAAUUCAAAAGCCUCAUGUAGGGCUUUACAGAUACGUGGUGAAAAUUUCACACUGAUAAUGCUGAAGCUAAUUUCUGACAUAAUGAAACUGUAUGUAUCGACCGGAAUAUGAUCGAUUUCACAAGCAAUACCUAUAACUUAUUUUGCUCCUACUGUAUAUGUACUGUAAGUGUUAGACGACACGGCUGCCACAUAUUUAUUGUGUGUUUGAUUUACAAGAUGAUGAACCUGCCUUAGAGGUAUGACUAACAGUCCUAUGGGGGACGUCUUUUUUGUGGCUGUGCCAGGUAGUUAAGAAAUGGAAAUGAUGUGUUUGCACUUUUGGACCAGCUGUGGUUACUGUAUUUUCUUAGAGUUUACUUUUGUAUUUCACAAUAAACCUAUCAGUGUAUGAUGUGUACUGGGAAUUACUGUACGUAAGAGAAAUGACAGGAUACAUCAGUAUUAAUUGGCUUGAAAACUGCGAGUAUGUGGCUUAGAUUUAAGCUUUACUUCAAUGCUAAUUGUAAAUGAUAUGGCCGCUAAAUGAAUGCUGCCCUUGUACCAAGAGUUUAUAUUUUGGUCUUCCAUAAAUGCGAUGGCAUUUUUUUUCCUG